CACACACACACACACACACACACACACACACACACACACACACACACACACACACACACACACACACACACACACACACACAAAUCAAUUAUUACUGGACCUGCGCUCCCACCAGCCUUUCCUCCUGCAGCAUCCGGACCAGAUGCUUUUUUCUUUCUUAGGGCUGAAAAACACCAAAUUGAGGAUUUUGUUUUAAUCACCUUUCUCUGUUGAUGUUGCUGCAGCCAUCAUGGAGUCUGUUUCCAACCUUUAAUGAGGACAACCACGGGAAUGGGAGAGAAAAGAGUUUAUUAUAUCUGGAAAAGUUUCCUCCUCGCUGCCUCUCUGGAGCUCUAAACGGGUCGUGAGACACAAAGUUUUCAGGUCUGUUAUGUUAAAGACCGCAGGUGGAUGAAGGUGAGCAGUUUAGUGGUGGUUGCACCUCUUCCAGUCUCCUCCAGCAGAAACGCGACUCUCCCGCGCUCAUCGGCGCCUCCCGCAAACCGGUGCGCACCGGAGAAGCCAUGAGACGACCCAAAAACUAACGUGGCUGGUGGUUGAUGGAGAGGUUUUCGAAUGUCAGCCGGGACCGUGGUUAUCGCAGGAGGCAUUCUGGCUGCAGUCAUCUUACUGACCAUCGUCGCUGUGUUGUGUUUAUGUAGGUUGCAGUAUUACUGCUGUAGACAGGAGGAGUCUGAGAAGGGGGAAGAGGAGGAACCAGAGCUUGACACCAUGUCUCCCUCUCGCCCCUUGGCUCUGUGUGCUCCUCCAACUCCUCCAACGCCGGAGCAGUACAGCGACGAGCCCGAGACCUACCCACCCACCUUCCUGACGGAGGCCAACGGGCCUGCCAGUUACUCCCCGCCUCUCCCACCGCGCAGGUGCCAGCGGGCACACGCCUUCUGCCCCUCCUGCGCCCGCUGCUCGAUGCCCUUCUACCUGCAGCAUCCAGAGAGACUGUGCAAUGGGGGCCGCAGGAUCAGCUACAGGACUGUGCAGCAGCAGGACCUGGAGCUGCCCGAGGAUCUGGCCAGUUUCUACCAGAAGCUGCUCCGCUCCUACACCAUGAAGGAGGUGGUGACCCAAAGCUACAGCACCGACGUCUAGUUGCUGCACACAUCUGGAUCUGAUGUAGCUGUGGCUGCGGCGUCGACCCUUCUGGCCGGUGUGGGAGGCCUGGACAUGAAACAGGUCCUUGUUUGACCCAAAAUGAUCAUUUUGCUUCCAGCCUACCUGAAUUAGAGUUAAUUAGUUAGCUGAGUUUAUGACGUCUGUGAAUUAAGCUAUAAACAAAAAUAAUUCAUCACUAGGGGCACAGAUGCCAUUUGUUUGAAAUGUGUAAACAACGGCGCCCCCAAGGGGUGGCCUUGGCCACCCCUAGAAAAUUACUGCCCCCAGGGAAGACCAGUGUUAAUAAAUCAUAUUGUUUACUCCAACAAUAAAUUCAUUUAAUUUAUACAAGACACAAAUGUAAAACCCAAUAAAAAUAUACAAAUAAUGAAUGAAUAGAUCAUAAGUAAAAUAAUAAAUCAUAAAACGAUGUUAGUUUCUGCUGCUCACCAUUUUAAAGAGGCACCAGUCCAUAGUUCUUGUGAAGACGGCAGCAGGCGAAUUAACUCAAAAUGAAAUUCUAAGACAAAUUUUGAAAUAAAAUUUUUAAUUGCUUAAAUGUAUUUUCUGAAAUAUUUGUUUCUCAAAUUUGAGUUAAGUUCUCUGGAUACUUUUUAUUAAAACAAAUAAAGGAGCAAUGCAAUGCAUCGCCACAGGCUAAACUCUCCCCGAGUUACCACAAGGAAGAAUUUAGUGUGCCACCCCACCGUUUUCUGUGGCCCCGUCUGGCCACCCCUGUCAACAUUUUCUGGGAGCGCCCCUGUGAGUAAAAAAAUCACAACGGUUUCAUUUUACCUGUUUGUGCUUGUAGAGCUGCACAAUCCUAAAUAUGCAUCCCUGAGCUAAGUUAGCACAGAUCACUCACUGUUUAACUGUUGCACAAAAUCACAAAAGCACCAGAUCUGCUGCUCAGAUGUUCUCUGUGUCCUCCAGGGUAUCCGCGGGUCCUUAAAAAGUCUUAAAAAGUCUUAAAUUAGCUUUUCUAAAUUUAAGGCCUUAAAAAUCCUUAAAAAUUACAAAUAAUCUUUAAAUACAGUUUCCAAAGGUCUUAAAUUACCAAAGCCCCAAUAAACAAGAAUUUCUAGUUAGUGUUCAGCAUUUUUUGUGUGUGAUGUUGCCGUAAGCGGAACCGUACACAUUCAGUUGGUUGUGAAAGGGGGCUAUUUUUGGAUGAGCACAUUAGCUGGUUAAGCUAGUGGGAGCUUGCGCCAUGGGGAAGUGCAAGUUUAAUGGUAACUAGGUGGGUAAUCCCACGUUUGCGACGUGGUUAGCACCGGUUCCAGGCAAUAGCUGGAAAUUAUAGCUUAAAAUCAAUUUAAAAGAAUAGCUUAAAUUUGGUCAAAGUGGCCUUAAAAAGGUCUUAAAAAGUCUUAAAUGUGGCUCCCUUAAACCUGCAGAUACCCUGGUCCUCCUGUGCGACUGCGGGAGUUACUGUGUUUUAACUUUUGCUCCUUAGGCAAAAAGAGCCCAAACUAUGAUUUAAUGAGUUGGUUUUUUGCAGCUCUUGACUAAUAAGUUAGAGCAGAAGUAUUUUAUGGUUGUACAGGUUGCAGACCCUCACACUUUUAGCCUGGACAGCUGUUGGAACUGAGCUCUGCAGCUUCACUUGAAAAAAUAACUCAACUGUACUUCAUGUUCGUCUGUCACUGUUUGUUUAUCAGUGUUGGGCAAGUUACUUCAAAACUGUAAUGCAUUAUUUAUUACUUGUUACCCUCAUUUUAAAGUAAUUCAUUGCAUUAUUACAAUAUUACUUAUUAUAAAAUGUAAGGCAUUACACUACUUUUGCAUUACUUUAAGUUACUUUCACCAAAACAACUUCAGUAUGAAUCUGGUCAUGUGACGCUCAGUGAGCUCAUGACAUAUAUGUGGAAGGUGAUGUGGUGUCUGAGCUAGGAUUGCUGUUAAACACAGCCAGAUAUAAUAACAGUUCUUUAAAAUGGUUGUUUACUAAAUAAAAGCAACAACAAUCUGUACUCUCAGCGCGCUGCCAUCUUAUAUUAACUCAUUCACUGCCAUUGACGACUAAAGUCGUCAUUUGCAUUUUUUUACUGUUUGAGCAUCGGAACGAGCCCCCGCGCUGAGAGAACAAACAUCUCAGCCCUGAAGCCGAUCUUCAUCCACAUACGUCACAGAUCACAUGAUCAGGAAGCAACACAUCCAUGUGUUUGGAGAUCGUUUUGGGCCGUUCCUGUAAAAAAAAAGUGAGGCGCGAACCGGAAAAGCGUCUGCCGAUCACAAUUCGACAACGGAUUAUGAAAGAAUGGAUAACGCUCGAAACACGCGGCUUCUUCCUGAUGUAAGAGGUGAGUAUCCUCUUUGUUUUGGUUGUUUUGGCAUCGACAUCAUGCUAGCGCGCAACGUUCUGUGACUCUUAAAAAAACAGUAAAAACGGUGAGAAACGGUGAGAAACGCUGGCAGCGAAGGCCGUUAGUGAUCAGGAAAUGGCUGGCAGUGAAUGAGUUAACUGAGCAGGGAGUGAGGUGGUGGGGGCUCCAAGCCCAUAUUUGCCUUGGUCCCCAAAUGCCUUGAUACGGCCCUGGAUGUGGGACUGACUUCUGGGGUGAUCUGAUUCUAUCACAUGUAUAAAUAUUAAAUGCUUAUAUAUGAUUGCUUUCCACUGGUAAAAAUGUGUAUCGGGGACAAAUCUACCAGCUUUAUUUCUUUUCAAGCACUUUGUUUUGUUUUCUUGAUUUUAUGUGAAUCAUUUCUGGCCCUUUCUCUCUCUAACCUUCCUGCAUGCUGCAUGUUUUCUCCGUCUUCCAGAAAAACUGUAAACUAGACUUCCUACGAUCUACCGAACGCAAAAAAAGCUUAAUCUGCGCUGCGCUCCAGAAGCAAUGAGUUGAAAUCACCGGCGCACAGAUUAUGAACUCAGCUGAAAAGUACAUGAAGUACCAGAGAAUAGGGGCUGAUAUAAACGAUCGCAAACGAAUGACUUUGUUUUGGUGGAGCAGGACGCAGCUGGAGUGUUUGAGCCGUUACCGCUGCGUCCUCUCUGCUCAUAGAAUGCCCGCAAAGCUGAGUCCAUAAAUGACGUCAUUUAUGUGGAUACUGGAUCUUUUUUCAGGAUUCCUGCAAUUUGAGUUUUUAAGAAACCCACAUCUUGAUUCUGGGUUUAAAAAUGUAUUGUAAUUACCGCGUUACUGACAAUUGUACCGAGUAACUAUUACCAUUUUCUUUCCCUGUAAUGCCUUACAUUACCACAUUACAGCAAAAAGCAAUGCAUUACAGUAAUUAAUUACUUUUGUACCACGCUACUCCCAACACUGUUUGUUUAUAAUAAAAGGGCUGACUCUCC